AACAUCAGCAAAAACACCAAUUGUAAACGCAACACAACGCAGCACCAAUGGCAUCUGCUACAACUUCAGCGGCAAAGAAGAAGCUUGUUGUAUGUGGUGGUAAUGGAUUCUUAGGAAGUCGGAUAUGCAAAGCAGCAGCACACAGGGGGUGGAAUGUAACUUCGGUAUCGCGCUCUGGCACACCUCACUGGUCUUCCGUCUCAUCCUCGCAAACACCACCCGACUGGUCCGAAAAGGUCUCCUGGCAAAAGGGCGACAUCCUCGACCCUAAAUCGUACACGAAACAUCUCGAAGGUGCAGAUGCAGUGAUACAUACCAUGGGCAUACUGCUAGAGGCAGACUACAAAGGCGUCGUCAGUGGGCGGGAGAGCCCCAUCAAGGGCCUACAGAGAGCUUUCAGCAAGACCAAGGCAGGCACGCAGAAUCCAUUGGAACUCAAGGAAGGAGAGGUGCUGAAGCCACAAGAAAGCGACGGUCAGCUAACGUACGAAAUUAUGAACCGAGAUACGGCUGUUUCCCUUGCCUGCGAAGCGUCAACGCGAAAAGUACCAGCCUACCUCUACAUCUCUGCCGCAGCAGGAACGCCUAUUCUCCCUGCGCGCUACAUUACAACGAAACGUGAAGCCGAGUCGAUUAUAUCUACAACGUUCCCUACGAUGCGGUCAAUCUUCAUUCGUGCGCCGUUCCUGUACGAUAGCAGCAGGACGUUUACGCUUCCUAUUGCAGCGGCUGGCGGUGUCGCGAGCAUGAUAAAUAGCGCAGUUGGAGGCCGACUGACGUGGCUGAUGGGUGCAGGCGGCAUUAAGCCUCUGAAAGCAGACCUUGUGGGUGAGGCAGUUGUAGAAGCGCUCGAGGACGAGGAUGUCAGGGGACCAGUUGAGGUACUGGAGAUUGAAAGGCUGGGGACACGAGCAUGGAGGAAGAAUAUGGUGUAAAACAGGGAAAGAACAACAUGACUCAACCUAUAAAGAGAAGCGAAGGUAUGUUUGGAAAGGUAAAUCCUCUCUCACUCAUAAGUGUGUAAGAAAGCCACACUGAAACACGUGCAACUGAGUAUGUAGCAUCUCAACUGAACAUAUAUGUAUGCAUCUAAAAGAUAUGGAGCAAUUUCGCUUUCAACCAAGGGAAAGCUGUACAUACAA